AUGGCCAACCUGACAGAUGGUGAUCAAAGUUUUUGCAGUCUGACAGUUCAGCUGCAGCAACAGCAACAGCAACAGCAGCAACAGCAUCAGCAGCUAUCCAGUGGGGGUGGGGCCGGGGGCGGUGGCGUGGCGCACACCGGCAACGCCUUUCACGCAGCGGGCCCCAUCAGCGGGGGCGGUGAGGAUGAUGAGAGCGGCCUAGGAAGUGCGGUUACCGUCGGGACGACGUCGGCGACGGCAUCGACCACGACGCUGACGGCGACGCCGACCGUCGGAACGUGGACGGAAUUUUGCGAGCGUCACGCACGGGCGGCCGCGGCGGACUUUGCCCGGGCGUGCGUGAAUUACGUCACCAACAAUCUGCCGGAAGUGGCCCGCCACACGAUCUCCCAUCGGGAUUUUAUGCGGCGCUUUGUCCACUGUUUCGAGGCUCGCUUUGAGGAGGAGUUCCAGCGCCGAAAAGCGCAACCUAAGACUGGAAAUGGAUCCGCUACGGUGCCAGAGGAGAGCGAUUACUCCGAGGAUACAGAUUCGCCAAAAACAAACCACAAACCGUUCUUCCGACGACUGUCGUUCAAAGGGCUCCGUAAGGGCAAGGUAAUCCAUGCAUUUUUCCACAAGCAACACUCCGACGAGGUGGAGCUGUCCGAGCGGCGCGCCAGCAAAACCAAACUCGCCAAAAUCGUGGUCGAGUGCCGGAAGGAGGGCACGGUGAAUUACCUCUCGCCGGAAAACCUCGACCAGCCCGGCUCACAGAAGUGGGAAAAGUGCAGGCUGGUGCUGGUGAAGACGGUCUCCGGAUACAUGCUGGAGUUCUACUCCCCACCAAAGUCGCAAAAGCCUCGAAGCGGAGUGUUCUGCUUUCUCAUAACGGAAGCCCGGGAAACGACGGCACUCGAGAUGCCCGACCACGAGAACACAUUCGUGUUAAAAGCCGGUAACAAUAUGGAGUACGUAAUCGAGGCUCGUGACACGGACGACAUGCGCAGCUGGUUGGCCACGAUACGUUACUGUAUGCGCAGCACACCGACAACCUCGGAGCAGUCUGAUAGUGCCGGAUUAGAUUUUAUAGGCACUCUCAGCACCUCGGUGUCGCAUGGGGGCGCUGGAACCGGUACCACUCCGUCACUUGCCGCUAGUGGCCUGGCUUCCGACGUGAAUAACCUCAACCUGAACCAGUCGACGGGACCUGGAGCGACUGGUACCGGUACUGGAACCGCUGGAGUCGGCUCAAGCGGUCCAGCGACCGGAGGACCCGGUACGGCCACUGCCAAUGCGUCGUCCGUCCUGGGCGGAACGAACCCAAGCGCACCGGAAUUGCCCCCACGACGACCCGACGAGCGGAUAUCGUCCUCGAGCAACUUCGAGCUGACGGAGAACGACCUGGACCAGUCGCACGAGCACGAUUCCGACCUGACGGCGAUAAUGCGCGAGUAUCCGUGGUUCCACGGUACGUUGCCCCGCUUCGAUGCCGCCCAGCUGGUGCUGCGCGAGGGCACCUCUAGUCACGGUGUGUUCCUGGUGCGGCAAAGCGAAACCCGGAAGGGCGAGUUCGUGCUCACGUUCAACUUCCAGGGCAAGGCGAAGCACCUGCGCAUGACGCUGAACGAUCUCGGUCAGUGCCGGGUGCAGCAUCUCUGGUUUCCCUCGAUCACCGAGAUGCUGGAGCACUUCCGGCAGCAUCCGAUACCGCUCGAAUCGGGUGGUACGGCCGACGUUACGCUGACCGGGUAUGUGCUCACGCCGCAGCACCAUCAGCAGGUGCUCACGCAUCAGGUCCAACAGCAGCAGCAACAGCAGCAGCAGGCACCGAUUGGCCUGCAAGGAGGCCAGCAGACGGCCACCAGCAACAACUACUCCACCACCCUGAUUGGCAGCGGUAAUAGCAGUAGUAGCGCGGCCGGUGGUGCCGGUGCUUCCAAUGUUUCCUCCUCCAGCGCCACUGGCGGUUCGACCGGAGUGGCCACGACCGGCGGCGGUGGUGGUUCCGCGGCUGGCAGCAACAACCCGCAGACCAGCCCCAGACAUCCAACUCAGGCAAUCACGCUAAAUGGCAGCGUGCGGAUCAAGACAUGUGACCUGGAACUGUCUCUCCAAACGGUUCCAGUUGAGCAGAUGAACUCACAUCACCUUCACCAUCCACAGCAGCAGCAGCUGCAGCAACAGCAACAUCUACAGAUCCAUUCGCAACAGCAGCAGCAACAGCCUGGUACGAGUGGAUUGGCCCAGAACGCUACCACCGGUGGCCAGCAAUCCGGCACGGGCGAGGAUGGCCAGCGGGCAGUGGAUAAUCAGUACAGCUACGUUUGAACGUAAUUUGGCUACG